AUGAGCGUACGGGGACUGGAUGUCUCGCGCUCUGGAUUCACCACACCUUCCAUGGAUUACCUACUUACUGAGUCUGCUAGUAAGGGCGGCAGACAGCCACUCGCCACCAGGCCAGGCGCGAUCAAGCUUCUCGCCCUCGAAGUCCCCUCUUUAGACGAAUAUGACGGAGGGCUCAGCGCCGCAGACGUGGAGGCUGGGCUCGACUACGAUCAUCGCACAAGAGAUACGCCUAACAAGAAAUCUCCUUAUCUCUCCGGCGGGGUGGGGAGUUUUGAAGUGAACUCUGUGGUGGCAGUGGCACCUGCUGGAAGGCAGUGCAGGGUCCCUCUGCAUUCCGGGAAGUCACUCCAGAGCGACAGUCUGCUGGCCACCCACUCGGGGCGGCAUACAAAGUGCAACACCCGCACCCACCCACCCAAACAAACCACCACAAUGGCUGACGUCGAGGACCGCAAGCCGACCUCACAAUUAAGGAAGUGUAUUGACACGUACAUCCGUCCGUUGCCUGCAUGCAGUGAGAACGUCGAGGAAGACCAGCAGACGGAGCAGGUCCAGCUCAAUGAGGGCGACAUCGAGACCAACUGGGACGAGGUCAUCGAGACCUUCGACGGCAUGGAGCUGCGCGAGGACCUGCUGCGCGGCAUCUACGCCUACGGUUUCGAGAAGCCGUCGGCCAUCCAGCAGCGCGCCGUGAAGCCCAUCCUGCUGGGCCACGACUGCAUUGCCCAGGCCCAGUCCGGUACCGGCAAGACGGCCACGUUCGCCGUGUCCAUCCUGCAGAAGAUCGACAUCAACCUGAAGGAGACCCAGGCCCUGAUCCUCGCCCCCACGCGCGAGCUGGCCCAGCAGAUCGUCAAGGUCGUGGUGGCCAUCGGCGACUACAUGAGUGUGCAGGUGCACGCCUGCGUCGGCGGUACCGCCGUGCGUGACGACAUCCGCACGCUGCAGCAGGGCGUGCACAUCGUGGUCGGCACCCCCGGCCGUGUGGGCGACAUGAUCAACCGCCGCGCCCUGCGCACGGACGAGGUCAAGAUGUUCGUGCUGGAUGAGGCCGAUGAGAUGCUGUCCCGCGGUUUCAAGGACCAGAUCUACGAGGUCUUCCGCUUCCUGCCCGAGAAGGUGCAGGUGGCCCUGUUCUCGGCUACCAUGCCCCUGGACGUGCUGGAGGUGACCCGCCGCUUCAUGCGCGAGCCCAUCCGCAUCCUCGUGAAGCGCGACGAGCUGACCCUUGAAGGUAUCAAGCAGUUCUUCAUCGCCAUCGACCGCGAGGAGUGGAAGUUCGACACGCUCUGCGAUCUGUACGAGACGCUGACCAUCACACAGGCCAUCAUCUACUGCAACACGCGCCGAAAAGUGGACUGGCUCACGGAGAAGAUGCAGUCGAAGGACUUCACGGUGUCAGCCAUGCACGGCGACAUGGAGCAGCGCGAGCGUGACAUCAUCAUGCGUGAGUUCCGCUCGGGCUCCUCGCGCGUGCUGAUCACCACGGACCUGCUGGCCCGUGGUAUCGAUGUGCAGCAGGUGUCGCUGGUCAUCAACUACGACCUGCCCACGAACCGCGAGAACUACAUCCACCGUAUCGGUCGUUCGGGUCGUUUCGGUCGUAAGGGUGUGGCCAUCAACUUUUUGACGCACAACGACGUGCGAUACCUGCGCGACAUUGAGCAGUUCUACAACACGCAGAUCGACGAGAUGCCCAUGAACGUCGCGGAUCUUAUUUAAGAGCCCCUCCAGUGAGCGUUCCCCAGCGAGAGAGAGAGGCUUCGUGUCUGCCAAGCCGUCGCCGACCUUGCGGCUCGACGGCGGUCGAUGCGACGGCCGGAGGGCUUUUGGGGGCGGAACGGCGAAGAAGUGAGAGACGACGGUGUGCGGCGCUCGCGGGCCAAUCGACGUAGAACCAAGUGUUAGGACAGGGGAACGGAGGGGGUCGACGAGAGUGGAAAACAAGAACAGCGGCAGGAGAGAGGAGUGGCGCGCGUUUAAGAAAAAGAGGAAGGGGGGCUGUGUGUCUUCUUUUGUUUUGU